ACCAAGUUGAGUACAUGACGCCAAGGUUGAGGUUGAACCAAGUUGAGGACAUGACGCCAGCAUUGAGGUUGGGGUUGAACCAAGUUGAGGACAUGAAGCCAGGGUUGGGGUUGGGGUUGAACCAAGUUGAGGACAUGAAGCCAGGGUUGGGGUUGAACCAAAUUGAGGACAUGAAGCCAGGGUUGGGGUUGAACCAAGUUGAGGACAUGAAGCCAGGGUUGGGGUUGAACCAAGUUGAGUACAUGACGCCAGGGUUGAGGUUGGGGUUGAACCAAGUUGAGGACAUGAAGCCAGGGUUGGGGUUGGGGUUGAACCAAGUUGAGGACAUGAAGCCAGGGUUGGGGUUGAACCAAAUUGAGGACAUGAAGCCAGGGUUGGGGUUGAACCAAGUUGAGGACAUGAAGCCAGGGUUGGGGUUGAACCAAGUUGAGGACAUGACGCCAGGGUUGGGGUUGAACCAAGUUGAGGACAUGAAGCCAGGGUUGGGGUUGAACCAAGUUGAGGACAUGACGCCAGGGUUGGGUUUGAACCAAGUUGAGGACAUGACGCCAGGGUUGGGUUUGAAGCAAGUUGAGGACAUGACGCCAGGGUUGGGUUUGAACCAAGUUGAGGACAUGAAGCCAGGGUUGGGGUUGAACCAAGUUGAGGACAUGAAGCCAGGGUUGGGGUUGAACCAAGUUGAGGACAUGAAGCCAGGGUUGGGGUUGAACCAAGUUGAGGACAUGACGCCAGGGUUGGGUUUGAACCAAGUUGAGGACAUGACGCCAGGGUUGAGGUUGGGGUUGAACCAAGUUGAGGACAUGACGCCAGGGUUGGGGUUGAACCAAGUUGAGUACAUGAAGCCAAGGUUGGGGUUGAACCAAGUUGAGGACAUGAAGCCAGGGUUGGGGUUGAACCAAGUUGAGUACAUGACGCCAGGGUUGAGGUUGGGGUUGAACCAAGUUGAGGACAUGAAGCCAAGGUUGGGGUUGAACCAAGUUGAGGACAUGAAGCCAGGGUUGGGGUUGAACCAAGUUGAGUACAUGACGCCAAGGUUGAGGUUGAACCAAGUUGAGGACAUGACGCCAGGGUUGAGGUUGGGGUUGAACCAAGUUGAGGACAUGACGCCAGGGUUGAGGUUGGGGUUGAACCAAGUUGAGGACAUGACGCCAGGGUUGGGGUUGAACCAAGUUGAGGACAUGAAGCCAGGGUUGGGGUUGAACCAAGUUGAGGACAUGAAGCCAGGGUUGGGGUUGAACCAAGUUGAGGACAUGAAGCCAGGGUUGGGUUUGAACCAAGUUGAGGACAUGAAGCCAGGGUUGGGUUUGAACCAAGUUGAGGACAUGAAGCCAGGGUUGGGGUUGAACCAAGUUGAGGACACGAAGCCAGGGUUGGGGUUGAACCAAGUUGAGGACAUGAAGCCAGGGUUGGGUUUGAACCAAGUUGAGGACAUGAAGCCAGGGUUGGGUUUGAACCAAGUUGAGGACAUGAAGCCAGGGUUGGGGUUGAACCAAGUUGAGUACAUGACACCAGGGUUGAGGUUGGGGUUGAACCAAGUUGAGUACAUGACGCCAGGGUUGAGGUUGGGGUUGAACCAAGUUGAGGACAUGAAGCCAGGGUUGGGGUUGGGGUUGAACCAAGUUGAGGACAUGAAGCCAGGGUUGGUGUUGGGAUUAGUAUGUUUAUCCUCCUUCCUAUCCUACUCCUUUUUGGACCCAUAAGGUGCUGGGGCUUGGCUCCACCUGGCUUUCUCUUUGACCCAAGGAGCAGGGGGGGAUAUAGAUCUUGGCCUUUACUAUUAAAGCCCAUAGAAAAGCAUUGAAUAACACAUUCAUACAGUAAAUGGCAAAAGGGACAGUCAAAAAACCAAUCAUAAGAAACAAGGUUUGAAGUAUCUGUACUAAAUCUGUCCUUUUUUUUACACAUAUUUAAUCCCUUUUUGUAUGGCAUAAACCUACCUUCAUACUUCCAUUCAAACUGUCAAACCGUUCAGACACUACAGAAGUUUACGUGAGAAGACCUAUUUUCAGGA